GGGAUCAGAAAGAGAUACUGAGCCUGUGGUUGGAAAGAAUGAAGGAAUGAAUAUGGGGGAUGGAGGGCAGCUGGAAAGAGAGAAAGAGAGAGAGAGAGGGGGAGAGGACCAGCAAUAUGGACAGAAAGAGAGGAGGGGUUGACUGGAUGGAGGGAUUCACCGGACUGCCCACUGUAACUUCAUCAUCUGUGGUUUUAUACAGGAAAGUGGGAGAGAGGAGAGAGAGAGAUGGAAGGAGAGUGGGGUGAACAAGUUGAAAGCGAUAGCAGCCCCCAGUACUGACAUUGGAAAGACAGAGAGAGAGGGAGAGAGAGGGAGAGAGAGAGAGAGAGAGAGAGAGAGAGAGCGAAAGAAAGAAAGAAAGAGAGAGCAGAAGAGGAGAGAAGGGAAGACGCCUGGCAGUAAGUGAGGGGCGGUGUUCGCUCUUCAGUCCAUCGGAUCUCUCUCAGCCCUACACGGACCCAAUCCUUUGGACCACUCUGUGGUCACUACCUGGACUAAGCUGGACUGAAAAUACUGGACCAAACAAGGCCUGGACCAUAUUAGCCUGAAUCAGAUCAUACCUGGAUUGAACCAAACCAGAUCUGGACUGGAUUCAAUUGAACUGGACUGGACUAUCUGUUACUGAGAGAAAUAGGGAGGAAUGGUUGGAAAAAAGAGAAAUAAGUGUGAAGAUUGUUCGUAGUGCCUUAGAAAGUGGUGUUUCGUGAAUUAUCAGGGACUUGACUACAGAUCUGUCAGUUAUAGUAUUGAUUAUAUGGUAGAUUGAUUGAUCGAUUAAUUGAUUUGCUGACAGUUCUACACAUAUACUAUGACAAGAUCUAAAAUAAGGAAGGGAAAGGCCUCUAUCUAGGCACGUUGGUAUUAUGUUUCAUUCACAGAGUGGGAAUAGUUUAAGUUCAGAGAAUCCGUGUCUUUAAGUUGGUUGUUCUUAUAUUUCUGUUGAUAUCGUGGGAAAGAUGAGAUGAUCACAGUGAAAUGUAGGAUUUCACUCUCAUCACUUCCCUUCUACACACUUUCCUGAGUCAGCAAGUCAGUCAUCGGAUUCACUUCAAUGAUUCAGAGUUUUAAGACGCAUCAUGAACCGGAUAUCACAUGGAUACAGCUGAUUGAUGGGAAUUGUCUAAUUCCUAAAUGUGUUUUUAUCCAGAGAUCAUUCGAUCAUUCAGUCCCACAAAUGACAACUCCUAAGAUGAUUGAUGUUUACUCUUUGGACUGUAAAGGUGUGUAGUGAUGCUCUAUCACUGGCUAUCUGUCUGGAUCUUUGACAACGACUCUGGAGGAAUGACUUCAACGUUAACUUUAGAUCCCUCCUCACCACCAAAAUAGGCGACCUUUGACUAAACCUCUAUUUUCCCACGCAUCAGAUCUGAAGAGGGCUUUAUUUCUGUGUCUACCCACUUUUGGAUAUUUUCCAUUCCAUAAUCGUUUCCAUUUAAUAUCCAUUUUGUUGGCCGUUCUCUCAUGCUGCUCAGUGCCUUAUGGUAGUACUACCUGACACGCUUAGCCAAGCCUCAAAGUACCUAGCCUAACUGACUGACUGCUGCAUAGCUUAGCAUCUGUUGUUCAACAAAAAUAUUACUAUCACGAACCUUGCACCUACUGGAGUCUCUCCCGCCAGGCCUCUGUGUGUGGGCUUGCCCUCAGCAGGCUCCCCCUGCCCUCUCCCAGCCAUGGGGAUCCAGAUCCAGGGUAUGGAGCUGUUUGCCAUUGGCGUGGUCAUGAUAAUGUUUGUGGCAGUGCUCAAGGGCUUUGGCAUCCUGGAGCCCAUGUCCUCCUUUGAAGAUGACAGUAGUGAGAGUGAUUUGGAGCUGUCUACGGUUCGUCACCAGCCAGAAGGCUUGGACCAGCUGCAGGUUCAGACCAAGUUCACCAAGAAGGAGCUCCAGUCUCUAUACAGGGGCUUCAAGAACGAGUGUCCCAGUGGUUUGGUUGAUGAAGAGACGUUCAAGACCAUCUAUUCUCAGUUCUUUCCCCAAGGAGACGCCACCACCUAUGCACAUUUCCUGUUCAAUGCGUUUGAUAUGGACAGAAACGGCUCUAUUCGUUUUGAGGACUUUGUGAUCGGCCUGUCUGUUCUUCUGAGAGGGACAGUCACAGAGAAACUCAACUGGGCCUUCAACCUGUAUGACAUCAACAAGGACGGAUACAUCACUAAAGAGGAGAUGCUGGCUAUUAUGAAGUCCAUCUAUGAUAUGAUGGGCAGGUACACCUACCCCAGUGUACGGGACGAGGCACCCUCUGAACAUGUGGAUAAGUUCUUCCAGAAAAUGGACAGAAACCGAGAUGGAGUGGUGACCAUUGACGAGUUCAUUGAGACCUGUCAGAAGGAUGAGAACAUAAUGAACUCCAUGCAACUUUUUGAGAACGUGCUCUAGACCCCAGCAGAACGUUCUACGCCAUUCCCAACAUCCGAUCCUGUACUUCUGUCUAUACACAACUUCUGUCCAAUCCCAAGACACACACACACACACACACACAGACACACACACACACACUACAUCUAGUGCAGUAUGUAUAGGAUUAGCUAAUCCACAGAUAUGUACAUGUGUAGAAACUAGUUUCUUUACUGCUGCACUAGUCUCAACCUGCCACUGCUUCUGGACUAAAGAGAACACUAGAGAAAGAGAAGAGAGCUACUGGGACCUCUGCUAUUAAAGAUUCUCAGCCUCCCAAAGAAAAAAGAAAGAAGGACCAAACUGCUCAACACUGCUCAUCCUAUGAGCUUCUAGUACUCUGCCUCCUCAUUGGACCCAAAAGACAAAUGACCAAUCAAAUGAUGGAGAGAGAGUGUGAGAGUGGAAAUAGAGGAGAGAAACUCAUCACGAUGUUGCUGGCCACCAGAUAAGGAUGCUGUAGCUAUAACACACAGUGUCUCCGCACACAUACAUUCUGUACACACACACACUAUCUGUCUGCACAUAAACAUACUACACACACACAAUCUCCCCACACUCACAAAUGCUGUACAAACACACACACGCACACACACCCUUUCCUCCCAGCAGAGGCUUGCCAGGAAAGGAUAUCUAUGGACACACUGACACACUUCUCUGAAGAGUGUUUGAGAGAGUUGAUGUAGCGUACAGAAAGCUGGACUGAUCCCGAGCAGGGGCACCGGCACCAAACACCACAGAGACACUAAAAAGAAAAGAACUGAAGCAUGUUUGUCAGAUGUGAUGUGUGAUUUGCUUGCACUAAGAAUUGUUCAUUUUGUACAAUAUGCACCAGAAGAGAAUGCAUUGAUUGUAAAUGUAGAUAGUCACUGUAGACCACUAAAGAAAAACUCAGUGUGUAUGUAGAUAUGUAUAGACAGUAAUAUAUAAUAAUAGCAUCCUAAAGCCAGGUGUCAAGCUCUCACCUGUACUCCACUAUGGGUAACAGGUGUUAAAGUUAACAUCCACACAGAUUUUGUCUGGCCUUUUCUUACCACUUACAGAACACUAAUUGAUAUAAUUGUAGCCUAACAUGUUUAAUAUAAGUAUCAUUGGAUCAUUUGAUCAUUUGAUCCUACAGGUAUCUUGUUUAAUUCCAAGUCAGUUCUGGAGUGUAGAGGUACCCCUACGGUCGGUGGGUUCUACCCCUACUGGUUGCAUCUGGUCAUAGUUCUAAGUGACAAAGGGAGGGUCACUGGUUCUGCUCUGUCACCAACGGACCCGCGAGUGAGAAUAAGCUUUAGAUGUACAGUAUGUCAGUGCCACCUUAUAAUAUGUGUAAUAAUAAUAAGACAGAUAUACUAAGAUGUAUAUGUGUUGUAAACUAAAGCCAUCCUCAGAGGAAUACAGAGUAUACAGCUAGGACUUGAUCCCUCUUCUUAAUCCCUCAUCAGAGUUUUUGUUUUGUUAAUGACCCAAAUGGCACCCUAUACCCUUUCAAAAGUAGUGCACUAUAAAGGGAAUAGGGUGCCAUGGCCCUGGUCAAAUGUUGUGCACUAUAAAGGGAAUAGGGUGCCAUUUGGGAUAUCUAUGAUGUCAUCAUCUGAGGUAUGAACUCUGGCCACUAGUGACGACAUCACUAUACUUACCUAUCCUAAACCCUGAUAAGGUGUUUGUUGUUGUUGUUGUACUACACACACACAUAUAUAUAUAUAUAUAUAUAUAUAUAUAUAUAUAUAUACACACACAGUAGUGAAUAAGGGAACAGUGUUCCUGUGGCAUAAAGUAUCAUUACAUUUUCUCAUUGAAACCAGGGACAAUUCUGAGACAGCAAAACUAUACCAUAACUAUACCAUAAUCAUGAUAUGGUAAUACCACCAUUUAUACCUGUAACAUGUUGACAGCUCAGACUGCAGAAAACACAGCCCCAUACCCAGCCCCACCUCAUACACCCAUACCCCAUCCAUCAUACCCCCAUACUUAAGCCCUAACUAUAGCCCCUAUCCCAAGGCCCUAUACUGUACCCAGUGGACCUGUUCUAGGAAAUCACGUCUCAGAAGUAGUGUUGUAACAGAGGUUUUCUCUGUCUCUCCCAUAACAACAUUGCUCAUGUGACCUAGCCUAGAACAGAUUAGUUAUGUUCGUGUGUGUGUGUGGCAUGAAUGAAUGAAACAAACUAGAGACCAGACCAUGGAACUAAUGCAUACACAGACAGCAUGGCCUGGCCUAGAGCGCUCUCUCUCUCUCUCAUAAAGUAAUGCAGUACUAUUAGGAAACUGUGGUUAUUGCCCCAGUCCACAUUUCAACAGUAGGAGGAUUGCACAAUAUUACAGUGCUUCUGAUGUCCACAAUACAAUCUGGAGACAUAGUUUUUUAGCAGGCCUACAUUAAAGCAGUAUUGUGGUUCUCCCCCCUCUUGGUCUUGUUUUGGGUGUUUCACUUUUGGUUGACCUAUUUGGCCAACCUGGACCCAUGUUUAGACGUAACAUAGUCAACUUAAAUCCGGGACACUCCAAUUACUAUGAUAUGUUACAUUUCGUAUGGUAUGUAUUAAUUGGUGGAAUUCCAUCAUCCGUUUCAUAUGAUAUGUUAUGAAUUGCAAUCUGAAAUGUAUAGGCUACAAAUUGCAAGACAGAUCACUCUGGAGUCAAUGUUAACAUAAUGUGUACUUUAUCCCAUUAAACACCAAAAAUGUGUUUCAAG